CAGCUGGUGCUGAGUGGUCCAAAGAGAUAACCCAGCUCUGCCCCAGUAGGAUCUUCUCCCUGGACGUUUAGCUACUACUCAGUUUUUGGCUGCUGUUAUUGAUGAUGCUUUGUCUUUUAGGUUGAUAAACUUUUGGCGGAUUGUAUUAGUAGAGUUAAUUAGCAGUGCUUGUAAUUGUGUCAUGUGAGAAGUUUUCAGACAGAUGUUCCUCCACUGCAGCAGUGCCUGGAGCGCUGACAGCUGAACCUCAGCCAGCAGAGCACCGCCAGCUGACACGUGGGGUUGCUGUGCAUGCCCAUCAACUCCCAGCUGACCGAGCGGUGCAGAUAGUCUGGGUGUGACCGGAGCCUGAGCCAGGCUCCGAGGCGGCGCUCGGGCAGUGCGACGGUGACAUUAACACGGACGGACGACGGACAGGCGGACAGACGUGCUGCUCUGCGUCCUCACCGAGAUGGAGAUGUCAGUGACUGCAGGUGGCCCGGGGAUGUCUGCUCACCACCAGCGCUCAGUAAAGAGGAGGAGGUGGGGAGGCCUGAGGCAGCAGUGGAAACUUCUGGGCUUGUUUGAGAUCGAUCAGGAGCAUGAAUUCUACAGCCUGACCUGUAUGAUGAAGGAGGGCUUGGCUGCAGCCAUCCAAAGCACCAUUGACAACGCACCAACAAAUGAACUGUCAGAUGAUGAUUUCACAUUAGAGGUCACACAGAUUCAUAAGGACUUUACAAUGGAAACAUUUGCUGGCCCAGUGUUUGCCAGCCUGCGUGGCUCUUUAGGAAUGACAGAGCAGGAGUAUCAGCAGUCGCUCUGCUCUGAAAACUGCUAUCUCCAGUUCAUCAGCAACUCCAAGAGCAAGGCUGACUUCUUCCUGACAAAUGACAAACGCUUCUUUUUGAAGACCCAAAACAAAAGGGAAAUUAAAUUCCUUCUGGCCAACCUGAAGAUCUACAUGGAGCAUCUGAGGAAAUACCCGCAUUCACUGCUUGUCAAGUUCUUAGGUGUUCACAGGAUCCAAAUCCCACGCAGGCGUAAGAAAUACUUUAUUGUUAUGCAAAGUGUGUUUUAUCCAGAUGAUCGAAUCCAUGCCAGGUACGACAUUAAGGGCUGUGAGGUGAGUCGCUGGACAGAGCCUGCACCAGAGGGAAGCCAGAUCAUUGUGGUUCUCAAAGACCUCAACUUUGAAGGCCAGUUCAUUACUCUGGACCAGCAGCGUCCCUGGCUUCUGCGGCAGGUAGAGAUUGACACCCACUUCCUUCGCAGGCUCAAUGUAUUGGACUACAGUCUUCUGCUCGCCCACCAGCCCUUACACCAUGAUGAGCGCCACCAGGGUCUCUCUUUUGCUACACUCAUCAUGAGAACUAAAAAAUCUGUGAAUCCAGGCUCCAGCCCUAUCCAAGCAAGCAUAGUUGCUGUUCCUGGAGCAGUCCUAGAAGAUGACUCCAUGCUACCUUUAUCUGAAACAGACAGCGGUUUAAAGCUGCCACAUGCACAGGGUGCAUCAAGUUGUGGCUCUCUCCAAACAUGCCGAGAGCAUACUAGGCCAGGCAGUGACAUGGCUGAGCUACCAGACUUCAAGACCCAAAACCGACGUUUACUGCCCAACUUAAAGAAUCCUCUACAUGUCAUUGAUGGCCCCGAGCAGCGCUACUUCAUUGGCAUCAUUGACAUUUUCACAGUUUACAGUUUUAAGAAGAGAUUGGAGCAUUUGUGGAAGAGGCUGAGACAUCCCAGCCGAUCCUUCUCCACCGUCAGUCCACAGACUUACUGUCUCAGACUAUGUCAGUGGGUACAGGACCACACUAAGUAGACCCUGAACGAGAGGUGGACACUUACCACCAACUCUCAGAAAGUCCAGACAAUGAAAGUUCGUGCACAUGCACAUAUUUAUCUGCAUCUGAUGCAUGGUUCCAAUCCUUUCAUUGUUACACAAGCUUAAAACACAAACCUGUAGCUGGCAUUAGGUGUUGUCAUUUCUGAGCCUACAGUACAUACUUUGAUUUACAGAAAAGUACUUAAAUUAUAGAGAUGGUGUUGUAGAUGGUACAUAAACAGUGAUUUCAUUCAAGCUCACUAAAUUUAUUUUCACAUUUUCUUGUAAAAGACAUGAACAAAAAUAGAAACAAAAGAUACAAUGGCGUUUUAAACCCAUUUUGUGUCCAAAUUUAAGAAUUCUGUUCCAUCCAGUUACCAUUUUCCACUGGUGCCUCUGUGACUGUUCUACAUCCUACAUCAAAAUGACAUACUCAAAUUCUCCAUUUGGUUGAACUUGUGACACAUUGUACCACUUUUACAGGUUCAAACUGGUAAAUGUGACAGAGCAUAUAGUGUGACAGGAAUGCUGAGGGUGCAAAAAAUAUUCUGUACAAUUAUAGGAAAAUACUGGGAGCUGUGGUGACUAUAUUUUACAAUGUUACUAUCAUAAUUUAUAUUAACAGUUAAUUACUGAAAAAUUCCCUGCUGCAUUGUACUGUAGAAUGUAAAGUUUAUUGUCUAAUACUGUGACUAGACUUUCCAAUAAUGCUGUAUUUAUAGUGCCACCACUGUAAUCAACAGUGACUAUACCAGUAGGUGCCUAAAAUACAACAUUUUUUUCUCUUAAAAUGUAUAAGCAUUGCUGUCAAUUGCAGAUAUACGUAUACCAUACAUAACAGUGUCUUCAUCUUUGUGGUGCAGAUUGAAGAUCUACCAACUCUGUAUAGCAUAAAAAAUGCAUAUAGCACUACAAGCACCUAAAACAAUAAAGGAUAUAACUCAAGUCACCAACUAAAAAUUUCUAAACAGUGUAUCAUGAACUGUUGUGCCAACAUUUUUUUUUUAUUAAUUUCAUGGUCAGUUCUUAACCUUAGUUUGCUGUUAAAGGUCAUUGUCACUUUUGACUCCAAAACAGCAUCUGAUUUUGCUUUUUUUUUUCAAAUAGUUUUUAGUUAAACCAAUACAUUACUGUUCGAAUAUGGCUUUUGUUAUUUUUUAUCUAUUACACUCAAGUGAAAACAUGCAACUGAAUUUAUUGAGCACGCAACAAAUUUGUUUGCUGAAAAUAAAUCACUAUUUUAAUACUCGUACUUUUUCUAUGGUACUUAAUUUUGCAAGAAAACAGUUUAAAUGCCUUAUUGUGCACUUAGAAAUUUAACAUAUAUAUUCCAUAAAAGUGCAAUAAACAUUUUUUCAUUAGUUACCAGAAGAAUAGCUUCAUAAAAAGGAGAGACAGCUCUGUUCUUUAAAAAGAAAAAAAAACAUUCUCCUGAUGUACUUCCAUGUAAAGCUAACAUCACAUAUGCUUCAGAGGCUUUACAUAAAGAUGUCUGCCUGUAUGUACACCUGCUUCAAAUAAGAAGGCCAUUGAGCAUAAACAUAUUUUCAGAAAUUUCUGCAUUUUGAUAAGAAAGUCAAAAACUGGAAUUUCUCAUCUGCAAAAGUAUGCUUUUUAAAAUGACGUUUUCAUUUUUCAAGAUUUGUGUUAAUCAAAGGAUUUGUGAGGUUGCCUGUAGUUUAAUGUCAUUUAAUUCAGCUGAAGGUAGCUUAGAUUAAUAAGCUACAAAUAACAGUAUAGAAACUGUGAAACCUCAGUAAAUUCUGUAAAUGAGAUUCUCAUGCAAGCAUUUUGCAUAUAUCAGCAAAACUCACUUCCGUCAUCAAAUAUUAGCGCCAGCAGCAGCGAAUUCCCACUACCGUUCUUUUUUGAUACAAUGCACAGUUUUGCCAGCGGGAGCAAGCCAAAACACCACCUCUCGAAUUCUUCUACUCUCAACCCACAGAGCCUAUGAAAACUCCUGCACUGUCUACUCUAAGUGACACUGAAACCCAAAUGCCAGUUGGAAUGUGUUGUACUAAGACUUAACUGAAAGGUAGCUCACAGAGCAUUAACAUGACCAAGUGAUCUGCAUGCAGUGCUGUGCAGAAGUUUAAGGCGAUAACAGUACAGUGAGAAUGCUUUCAAAAACAGUGCCACAAAUAGUUUUUAUUUAUCAAUUAACUUCAGACAAAGUGCAAAUUGAUAUUUUAUGUGACCACUUUUGCCUUUUGAACCAUACCUACCUAGAGGCUAGGCCAUUGUUCUUCUUGUCGCUGAAGAUGGUUUGAUAUGACUCUGACUGUAGAUUUGGGCUUGCUGUUCCACUGCAGAAUGAAUCUGGGAUAGUAAAUCGCUUCCCUCAUAUAUAUAGUUGAGAAUCUCAACAUCUCACAAAUUCACAAAGGCUUUCUCUUUAGCAAAUCACUCAUUUUAGGACCUUGUAGGGGUCACUGAGCCUGAAAGAUCUGGAUAUACUAUAAAACCGAUGUCAGCAUGGGCAGCAGAAAUUCUCAUCACAGACUGGCAUAUGCCCCCCAAAAAUCAGAAGACUUCACCUGACCAGAGCUGGGCUUUUUCAUGUGUGGGCUUUUUAUUUCCAAACUGUGUUUGAUUUCUACUACUGUUUGUCAGGGGUUAAAAAAGAGUAGACGUCUUAUGUGUGCAUCAUAUAGUGCUUCUUUAUCCAGUCAGUUACACAGUCAACAUGACUAGAGUCUAAUCAUUCAAUUUUCCUCUUGCCAAAGGCUUUGGCUGCUAAUUUUUUUCCUUAAGGUGGCCAACCCCAGUGAAUGUUGCGACAGACGUUUUCGUGCUUUCUUUUUGUCCAUUGCUACCAAAGGAACACUCUACACUCUGGUAAUGCUAAAAUGGAAGGAAUGCAACAGAUGUCAGUUUUUGUUUUUGUUUGUUUGUUUACCCUGAAGUUGACCUGAGAGUUUCCCCAAUACACUAUAAACAAUUUGUCUCUGUUCCAGUGUUGUCUAUUACAUUAAUGUUGAAAAAGUAUUUUCUGGGAAGAAAUCUCCAGUUUAGCCACUACUCAUUGCAGAGUUAUAUCUUGAUUUUAACCUUGUGCAUGUGAAUGAUGCAAUAUAAUUAAAAGUAGCUGUAAAGA